AUGGAUGAUAUGGCUUACUGUCCCAAAUGCAACAAUUCGGUAGAUAUUGAUCGGCCAAAAAAGUUUGGUUAUUGCAAUCAAUGUGAUCACUCGUUUUGCUCGGCCUGUCGACGCCCGUAUCACGGCCUGCAGCGCGCGUGCAUUGAUUCGGUCACCGAUGCGGCGGCGGCAGCGGCUGUACUCAGACAACGGGCGGCCGAAAUCAAAGAGUCGGAAAGUUAUAUUAACGCACAUUUCAAGCACUGUCCUAAAUGUGGUAUACCCUGUGAGAAAAUUGAUGGUUGCAAUCAUAUGCAAUGUAAACUGUGCAUGGUACAUUUUUGUUGGCUAUGUUUGAUGGAUAUUACCGAUAAUGAUGAGAUACAACAACAACACUGGAGGGCUAAAUGUAAACUAUUUGAAUACGAAUCGGAAUAA